CUUCCGUGCACGUUUUAUUUUUCUCUUCCGUGUAACCACAAGCGCACCGCUAAUUAAUUCUACUUGAAUUAGUACCGAACGGACGGAAGCUUUUGCACAGUACGCCCUUCACUACCUGACUGGACAAAAUAAAAUCAUUCCUUCAGUCUUCGUGUCCGGAUAAUUUCGUCUCGACCUACUUAGCAUAUUUUGGCUCGCUCGCCGCAAACAAAGACGCGUUGUUUAGCAACAUCGUCAAGCAGAGAUCGAGUGUGAACGUGUUAGGAUUGUCGCGUUAAAAUGUGUGCUCGAAGGAUAGUAGAGUACGAGAAUGAAUUUCCUGGAACAAAAGAGAAGAACGAGCGACAACGUGACCGACUGGAUGCUCUUUGCAAGCAGCCUCGAGUUGUGCUACACAGAGCAGACAUACGUAAAAAAUAUCUUCAUCCUGAAGGGCUGGAGCCAGAGUACCCUCCCAUUAAAGAUGUGGACCAGCCAGAACACCCACAGGAGGAAGAACCCACUCAUAUUAAAGCAGAGGAGGGGUCAGAGCAUCCUCACAUCAAAGAGGAGGAAGAAGAUCACCCUCACAUCAAAGAGGAAAAGAAGGAGGAGAAUAUCACAAAGUUUCCGUCGACUGGUGUCCCUUUGAAAAUUGAAGAUGAGAACAGAUUGGCUGAGCCUCCAAGCAGCAGCUCAAGUCAACCGAUGACAACAGAAGGUGUUGGAGACCUCUGUGGAGGAUCACAAGCAGACAGCCUCUUAGCUCCACUAUCAGAUAGUGACGACACGUCACACUCUCGUCACACUGAUGAAGAGUCUGAACGUGAUAUGACAUGUCACACUGACAACCAAUGCUGGAAAUGUUCUCAGUGUGGGAAGACCUUUGUCUACAAGUCUCUCUUGAAAAAGCAUAUCAUGAUACACACUGGAGAGAAACCUUUUAUAUGCUCAGAUUGCGGUCAAAGAUUCUCUCGAAAGGGAACCUUAACAGUACACACAAGAACCCACUCUGGUGAGAAACCUUUUGCCUGCUCAGUUUGCGGACAAAGAUUCUCUCAUAGAAGUCAUUUGACAGCACAUGCAAGAACACACACUGGUGAGAAACCUUUUGCCUGCUCAGUUUGUGGUCAAAGAUUCUCUGAUAAGGGGAACUUGACAAGGCAUACAAGAACCCACACUGGAGAAAAACCUUUUGCCUGCUCAGUUUGUGGUCAAAAAGUCUCUGAUAAGGGAAGUUUACGAAAACACAUAAGUACACACACAGGUGACAAGCCUUUUGCUUGUUCAGUUUGUGGUCAAAGAUUCUCUCAGAAGGGAACUUUAAAAAUACACACAAGAACACACACUGGAGAGAAACCUUUUGCCUGUUCAGUUUGCAGUCAAAGAUUCUCACAAAAGGGAACCUUAACAAUACACACAAGAACCCACACUGGAGAGAAACCUUUUGCCUGUUCUGUUUGCGAUCAAAGAUUUACUCAUAGAAGUCAUUUGACAACACACAAAAGGACACACACUGGUGAGAAACCUUUUACCUGCUUAGUUUGUGGUCAACGAUUCUCUCGAAGGGGACAUUUGGCAGCACACACAAGAACACACACUGGGGAGAAACCAUUUUACUGCUCAGUGUGUGGUCAACAAUUCUCUUAUAAGUAUCAGUCUAAGAAUCACAAGUGUGCUGGUGACUAUAGCUGUGGACUAUGAAAUACAGAGCCUUGAUUGCAACACGGACAGAGCGUCCAAGCAGCUCAAGUCAACACAUGACAAUAGAAGAUGUUGGACACCACUGUGGAGGAUCACAAGCAGACGGCCUCUUAGCUCUACUAUCAGAUAGGGACAACACGUCAUCCCACUCUUGUCACACUGAUGAUGAAGUGUCUGACGUUGAUAUGGCAUUGACAACCAAUGCUGGAAAUUGUUCUCAGUGUGAGAAAACCUUUGACUACAAGUCUCUUGAAGUGAUGAUACACUGGAGAGAAACCUUUUAUCUGCUCAGAUUCCGGUCAGAGAUUCUCGAAAGGGAACCUUAUCAGUACACACAAGAACACACACUGAUGAGAAACCUUUUACCUGCUUAGUUUGCAGUCAAAGAUCUCGCCGUUGUGAACGAGACAACCAGCGCUUCAACAAAAAAUAACCCGUUUUGACAAUAUAUUAUUAGAAGUGCAUUUAUAACUGUGUUUAUAUUAAAAAAUCAUAAUGCAGUCUUUCUGGAUAUCACUUUACAUAAUUAGGCUUCUUUUAGUAAAAAAAUAAAUAAAAAUAAAAAAAGAGUCUUUCUAGACUACACCUAAUUAAAAAAACAAAUAUAAACCAGCUCUCUGCUUUGCACACCCAGGCGUGACAUCAGAUAUGAAGAGAGUUUGAUAGGCCAGCAAGCUGUAGCAGUCCAGCUAAGCGAUGUGCCUACGUGGCCGCCAUGUUGGGCAGGUAGACGGGAUCAAUGUGGUGGAUUUCCAGGUGUCUUUGUUCUUCUGGAUGAACAGUGCUUCCAUUGAGCAGGAGCGAAUGAAUACUUUGAGACACUGGCUUUUUGGGCUAGUUGGGUUUAUUAAGAUGCCUUACGUGUCAUAACAGCUGUUUUCAGAGUCUGAUUAGCAUAAAACCCCUGGAGGUUCUCGGUCACAAGCUUAAUGUCUCGGAUCUGUGGGCAUACUCUCAAAGACCUAGGCUAGAUUGGUUCGCUGGGUGGGUUUGAAUAACGACGCUCCUCCUCUUAACUAUAGCUGUUGUCACUUCUGUUCACAAGGUGCCUCUAUUGUCCAUAAAUCAACCGUAUCUUUGGGUUCAUGUGGCAAAAAGACAAGAUUUAAGUUUAAGUAGAUAGGAGCAAAAAAAAAAAAAAAAAAAACACUAUACCAUCGAAUGUAAUGACAUUUAAAAUGUCUUAGCUUGCUCAAUUCGCAACUGAUUUUCAUGUUUACUUUUCAAUCAGCACAGAACAUCUGAAAAAAGAGACAAAAAAAAGUAUUUAAUAGAUUACUCCUAGUUCUGUGUUGUGGUCAUUGUACAGUCGGCUAUGCAAUGUGCAGGCAUCCUUAUUUUGUUUUUUUGCGCUGUCCACAAACAUGGAAUGCUCUGACACUUUACUCCCACUAGGUUUGUGUCAUCAGGCAGCUCAAAGGGGGAAUGUCGUAUCUAUCGAUUGUUCAUAUGUCCAUGGGUGGGGACUUUCUCUGUAAGCUUGAAUGUACUGCACAACUUCAAUUUUCUUUUCAAUAUAACACUGUCAAAUAGUACAGAAUAUAUAACAAACCUCAAUAUUUUCAUCAUUUGCUGACACAAACUCAAAAUAAUGACUAGAACUUCCAUCCGUCCAUCCAUUUUCUACCGCUUAUCCGGGUCGGGUCGCGGGGGCAGUAGCUUUAGCAGGGACGCCCAGACUUCCCUCUCCCCAGCCACUUCAUCCAGCUCUUCCGGAGGGAUCCCGAGGCGUUCCCAGGCCAGCCGAAGGACGUAGUCUC